UUCUACUUUCAUUGCAUUUAUUUUCAAAGGUCUCCAGCUUGGUUCAGCACUCAUUCUAUCUAAACUAAUUUCUCAUCUUCUUAUCUUUUCAACUCUUUAAUUUGUUUUCACAAAAACAAUGGCUGACGCUUUGCUUGGAUUUGUUUUUGAAAACUUGACGUCUCUCCUUCAAAAUGAAUUUUCUACCAUUUCUGGAAUCAAAUCAAAGGUUCAAAAGCUAUCAGACAACUUAGUUCACAUCAAGGCUGUUCUUGAAGAUGCUGAGAAGAAACAAUUCAAAGAACUCUCUAUUAAGCUAUGGUUACAAGACCUCAAAGAUGCUGUUUAUGUGCUCGAUGAUAUCCUUGAUGAGUACUCGAUCGAGUCUUUUCGACUGAGAGGAUUUACCUCUUUCAAACUAAAGAACAUCAUGUUUCGCCAUGAGAUUGGUAACAGGUUCAAAGAGAUUACAAGGAGGUUAGAUGAUAUUGCUGAAAGUAAGAACAAGUUUUCUCUACAGAUGGGUGGAACUCUUAGGGAAAUCCCAGAUCAAGUAGCUGAAGGGCGCCAAACCAGCUCCACCCCUCUUGAAUCAAAAGCGCUGGGAAGAGACAAUGAUAAAGAAAAGAUUGUCGAGUUUCUUCUCACCCAUGCGAAGGACUCUGACUUCAUUUCUGUCUAUCCCAUUGUUGGUUUAGGUGGUAUUGGAAAAACAACUCUUGUUCAAUUGAUCUACAAUGAUGUUAGGGUGAGUCGCAAUUUUGAUAAAAAAUUUUGGGUUUGUGUUUCUGAGACUUUCUCGGUCAAGAGGAUUUUGUGUUGUAUUAUAGAAUCUAUUACAUUAGAGAAGUGUCCUGACUUUGAGUUAGAUGUCUUGGAAAGAAAGCUGCAAGGAUUGUUGCAAGGGAAAAUAUAUUUGCUGAUUUUGGAUGAUGUGUGGAAUCAAAAUGAACAAUUGGAAUCUGGGUUAACACAAGAUAGAUGGGAUCGUUUAAAAUCUGUUUUGUCGUGUGGAUCAAAAGGUAGUUCCAUUUUAUUGUCCACCCGUGAUGAGGUUGUUGCAACUAUCAUGGGAACAUGGGAAACUCACCGUUUGUCUGGUCUCUCUGAUAGUGACUGUUGGUUGUUGUUCAAACAACAUGCAUUUAGACGUUACAAAGAGCAUACAAAGUUUGUGGAAAUAGGAAAGGAGAUAGCAAAGAAAUGUAAUGGAUUGCCACUUGCAGCAAAAGCAUUGGGGGGUUUGAUGAGCUCAAGGAAUGAAGAAAAUGAAUGGCUUGAUAUUAAAGACAGUGAGCUUUGGGCUUUACCACAAGAAAAUUCUAUUUUGCCUGCUUUGAGGCUGAGUUACUUUUAUUUAUCACCAACCCUAAAGCAAUGUUUCUCUUUUUGUGCUAUAUUUCCCAAGGAUAGAGAAAUCCUAAAAGAAGAAUUGAUUCGACUUUGGAUGGCUAAUGGAUUUAUUUCAUCUAUGGGUAAUUUGGACGUUGAAGAUGUUGGAAACAUGGUUUGGAAGGAAUUGUACCAAAAAUCAUUCUUCCAAGAUUGCAAGAUGGAUGAAUAUUCUGGAAACAUUUCUUUUAAAAUGCAUGAUCUUGUCCAUGAUCUCGCUCAAUCAGUAACGGGGAAAGAAUGUGUGUAUUUGGAGAAUGCAAACAUGACUAAUUUGACAAAAAACACACACCACAUAAGUUUUCACUCUGAAAAAUUGUUAUCAUUCGAUGAGGGUGCCUUCAAAAAAGUUGAAUCCUUACGAACAUUGUUUGACUUGGAGAAUUAUAUUGCAAAAAAACAUGAUCACUUCCCAUUAAACAGCUCUCUUCGAGUUUUAAGCACAUCCUUUCUACAGGUCCCAGUAUGGAGUUUAAUUCAUUUAAGGUAUUUGGAAAUUCAUUCUCUUGGCAUAAAAAAGUUGCCUGACUCAAUUUACAACUUACAAAAACUGGAAAUCUUGAAAAUAAAACACUGUAAUAAACUUAGUUGCCUUCCGAAACGCUUGGCUUGUUUACAAAAUCUUAGACAUAUAGUCAUUGAAGAAUGUCGAUCUUUGUCUCGAAUGUUUCCUAACAUUGGAAAAUUAACUUGUCUAAGAACAUUAAGUGUGUACAUUGUUAGUUUAGAGAAAGGGAAUAGCUUGACAGAGUUACGUGAUCUAAACCUCGGUGGAAAACUGAGUAUCAAAGGAUUAAACAAUGUUGGCAGUUUAUUUGAAGCUGAAGCGGCUAAUUUGAUGGGUAAAAAAGACCUUCAUGAAUUAUACUUGUCAUGGAAAGACAAACAAGGAAUUCCAAAGACCCCUGUUGUUAGUGCUGAGCAAGUACUCGAAGAGCUUCAACCUCACUCAAAUCUCAAAUGCUUGACAAUAAAUUACUAUGAAGGAUUAUCAUUACCAAGUUGGAUAAUUAUUCUUAGUAAUUUAGUUUCUCUUGUACUUCUCCAUUGCAAGAAAAUUGUGCGGCUUCCGUUACUUGGUAAACUACCAUCUCUAAAAAAACUGAGAUUAUAUGGUAUCAAUAAUCUGAAAUACUUGGAUGAUGAUGAAUCUGAGGAUGGUAUGGAGGUGAGGGUUUUCCCCUCUCUGGAGAUACUCGAAUUAUCUUGUCUACGAAACAUAGUGGGGUUAUUGAAAGUGGAAAGAGGGGAGAUGUUUCCUUCUCUUUCUAAAUUGGUAAUCGAUUGUUGCCCUAAACUUGGACUGCCAUGUCUUCCAUCUCUUAAAGACCUCUAUGUUUACCCUUAUUUGCCUCAUAUUCCAAAAAUAGAGUUAUAAGAAGCAGAGACGUUUACCCUUAUCUGCCUCAUUAGCCAUCACAAAAAUCAAUUUUACUGAAAGAGUACAUGAAAGAUAUUUUACUACUCAACCAACCUAAGGACAAUUGUUCUAAUUCAGGAUUUCCUUUGACACACAAGGGUGGGGUCGACAAAUAAAGGGAUUAAUAGGUUCCUAAUGAUGAAGAUGACAUCGUUCGGAGUGGAGGAUGUGACAAUGAGUCCGGUGGUGGUAGAGGUUUUCGCUUUUGAUCAUUGGGGCGUGGGUCGGAGCUCUGUGCACAAUAGAAAGUCUGAUCAUCAAGGAUCUAUGAUAGCUUGUAAAAUAGCAGCAAUGGUUCCUGAUAGAGUUCUCUCCCUGACAGGAGAUUUUCAAUGUUUUCCAGAGGAAUCACUUACUUUCUCUGUUUUUGUAUGGAAUAUGUCUACGAGUAAAAUUAUUGUGAGAAUUGGGCCAUAUCUUUAGAAUUGACGCUGAGCUUGUUAAUGCAACAAAUCAAAAUUCUUGGUUCAAGCUAUUAGCCAGAUAUGUUGUGGAAUGCUGCUGACUUGCAGCCAUGUUUGUGUCGGACAAUUUUAUUUAUCAAGUUGUGUUGUGUCCACUGCUUUUCCUGAAAGCAAGAGGAUGCUUCAGCUGAACCACAGAAUCUAUAAGAGGUGACACUUAUUUCGCUUUGAACUAUGGAUAUUGUUGAAUGUGAGGAAUUGAGAUCCCUGCCAUAAGGUAUUUGACACCUCACUUCACUUGAGUUUUUGAAUAUUCGUGGUUACCCAUAAGGAAUUGAAGACAUUUUUUAAGAGACUUGAUUUAUGUGAACCUUGUGAUUUUGUCUGAGACGAAAUCGAUUAAAAUUGUCAACCUUAUGGGUCAGAUUAUCGUUAUCGCGUUUCCACUUCCAUUGAUGCUGGUAUUGAUAAGAUAUAGAUCUUCAUUCCUAUAGUAUUAAUUUUAACAUAUACUACUAGAUUUCAAUUUGAUUUCAUGUAUUCAUGAAAAUAUGCAGGUGAUGGUCCUUCAUUUAUGAAAUAGCCCUUUCAUGUAUAAUAUAUUUAUGAAAGAGUCGGAGUUUCAUGUUCGAUCACGGGAAACACCAAUAUUAGGAAUGAAGUUUGCUGCUGAAGAUUUCAAUUUCCUUUAACUGAUAGCUCUUUGCUGGUUAUGGUUAAUUUCAAGGCAAGGGACUGAAUGUAUUUUGGCCUGAAAAAUCAAUCUCCAAAGAAGGCAGUGAACAAUGGUGAUCCAACACAAUAGCCGAACUUAAUUCCAACUAAUAACAGAUGUUGAAAGAGUUAUAUAUAGCUUCGCCUAAGCCUCAGGAGGCUGUCCUUGAUUUUACGAUAUCUACUAGUAGUAAUGUUGCUGAAAUAAGGGAUUCUUUGUAUUAAUCUCUUUCCCAUUCCUCUAGUGUAGUUUUUUGUUGGUGAGCUUAUAAUCAGACAUUUUGUGCCUUGGUUGUACCAAACAAUGUACAUACAUUUUUUAUUUAAAAGGGACAAAUACUUUUUUGAAUUCAUACUUAAUCAAGUAACUACGAGAUAUUUUUGUCAUUUAUAAAAUUCACUUGUCAACAGAAAUGUAACCAGACAAAGAAUUCAAUAAACAUGGCACAAGUUAUCAUCAGCACACAUGAAUGAUCCUUAAGAAGGGACUUCAGCUUGAGGAUAUGUAAUAUAAUAAUAUUGAUUUCCUUCACAAAUUAGCUUCCACUGAAUAUAUUUAAGAACUCAUCCUUGUUUUAUUUCAAAUUCUUGUUUCUUA